UAACUUGAGAAAGAGUGACAUUUAAAAUCAAAACAAAUAAAUGUUUCGAAAUAGCAUUAGGAUGUGAUUUUUUUCACGGAUUGCCGGUUUUCAUUAGUGUGUAGUUCAAAAACUAUUUUAUCAGUCAACUUCUUAGAAUUUUCAUUAAUUUUUAUGACCUUCGGAUUAUAUUAUUCGUUUUCUAUUCAAAACGAAAUCGCUUUUUAUUUCGUAUUCUCUUCAUGGCAUCUAUGACUGAAAAUCAAAUUAAUUUAAAAACACUUCAGCGGGUUGAUUCUAGCAUUGUUGAAAUUAUCGACAAUGCUUGCCAGGUAGCUAUUUACAAAUAUGAAAAGGAACUAGGGAAAUGGAAAGAAACUGAUGUGGAAGGAGCUUUAUUUCUUUACAGAAGGUCUCGUUAUCCUUCCUAUGGCUUCAUCAUCAUGAAUCGUAUGAGCACAACCAAUUUCAUUGAAUCCAUCACAAGUGAGAUGCAGUUUCAAUUACAAUCACCUUAUCUCUUGUAUAAAAACCGUUCAGGGGAUAUAAUCGGUUCUUGGUUUUAUGAGCACAAUGAUCUUCAAAGAAUUUCAAAAAGAAUACAAACAAUCAUUCUGAAGCAUCAUCCACCCCCAAAACGGCAACGGCGUGCAUCUGAAAGUGAGACUCAGGACAUCCUCACUCUUUUGUGUGAAGCCCAUGAGGAAUACUUAAACAAGGAAAAGUCUCCUGGAAUCUCUUCCCUCAAUAACUUGAAUACAAGUGAAAAAAGAAUUAUUUUUGAAAAGUCAUCACUUGAAAUGGAGAGCCAAAGAUCUUCUGGAUCCAAAUGUGUUCCUUCAGACUCUUUUCUCAAAAUGAGGGAAGAAAGUUUAAAGUCUUCAAGUGAGGAUACUUGUGAUAUGUUACCUGCUCAAAAGGACAUCUAUCUUUCUGAAGUAAACGAAGAAACUUCACAAUCACCAUUAUUAGAAUGUCCAAAUUGGCAAGAUGUUAUGAAUGGAAAUUUUGAUAUUCAUUUACCAAGUAUUAAAGAAGCAAUACAAUCACAUAUUGAAGGGAAUACGGAAUUCAUUUUCAAGAUUCAUGAAGCUUAUGUGUCUAGUCUGAAAACAUAUUUUACAUCAUAAAGAUUAUUUACUUCUUUUUAUUUUAGAUGUGAUAUUUACCUGAUAUUGUGUGAUAUUAUCCUACAAUAAUUGAAGAAACACUUUGUUUUUGAAAUUAUUUAAAAUUUUUUAGGAAAUACUUAUAUUUUAUUACGUUAGAAGUCAUGUGAUUUCUUGUGCUCAUCAAUAAAGUUUAAAUCUUUCAGAUGUU